AUGAGUAAUUCACCGACGAGUCAUCUAGGCAUGAGCGAAAUCCUGGACUAUGGCUCCAGUUUAAUUAAAAGCGCUGCGCACGGUUCUCAUGCUUCUAUUUCCAAAUCUUACUUACUUAGCGUUAUGAAAAAUUACCUUUCGAACAAAAUUUCCUAUCAAGAAGCCUCAGAUAUAUUUUUACAGAAAUUUGGAAGCGCUCAUCCAAUCGAAAAAUUACAAGAAAUUGUUAAUGAAUCUUUAAUUCUUACACCUAUUCCAGCCCCUGAAGAUGAUUACAUGCAGCCCAAACAAAUCAGGUACUGGUCUCAGCGCGAAAAUACCAGAUUAAUGGCAGGAGUUUUCCUUUACGGUUCUUUUGAUUGGUCAAAAAUAGCAGCUUUUGUAGGAGGCGGCCGCGGACGUCCGCAAUGCCUUCAGAGAUGGACAAGAACGCUUAACCCCUCAAUUGUUAAAGAUAUAUGGACUCCUGAGGAAGACAAAAAGUUGCUCUCAAUUGUCCAGCAGUCUGAUAAAGUCUCUUGGACCCGGGUUGCAAACUUUAUGGGUAAUAGAUCAGAUGUUCAGUGCAGAUAUCAUUAUAGCCAGCUUAUGAAAAACAAAACUUCAAAAAUCUCUUCACCUAGUCCAAUAACAGCUGAUUAUAAUGUAAUGCCAAAUAAACCACCGCAAUCACCUUUGGCGUUCUAUAAUCCUCAACAGAGCUUCGUAAUGCCAACUUACGAACCUAAACGCACAGUGCCAGCAUAUGUUCCAACAGUUAAUUAUGCUAAUGUUGCACCUACUGCAAACUAUCCUGUGCAAGUUGUCAUGGAUCCUUCUCCAUUGACUGUUGAGAAUAGAUCUCCUAUGGCUGUUGAAGCUUUUCUUUCUUGUUUUCAAUAA